AUGGCAGGUUUGAAUGAACAGUUAAAGUCGUUGUUGUUGUUGAAAGGAUGGAAAUUGUACCAUCUGAAACAGAUGAACUGUGUCGUCGUCACUUGUGGCCUCUCACAUCACACUUGUUUUUUCAGCAAAUUACUCCGCCUUUGCUUACUUCUUCCUUCAUUCCCAUCUUCUUAUGCUUCUUCUCUCUUCAAUCACAUCACAAAACCCACUAUACAUAUAUGGAACAUCAUGUUCAAAGGAUUUUCUAAUACUUCACACCCUCAAAACUCCAUUAGUUUCUACAUUCAAAUGCGCCAACAUGGAGUUUUUCCUAAUAAACAUACUUUUCCUUUGCUUCUUAGAGCCAACAAUGAAAACCCACAUCUCAUUUUCCCACAAAUAUUUAAGUUUGGAUACAUUUCUGACCAAUUUGUGCAGAAUUCUUUGGUUUCUAGUUUUGCUAGCAGUGGGUACGUUGACCUUGCACGCCAAGUGUUUGAUGAUAUUACGCAUAAGGAUGUGCUUUCUUAUACUGCUUUGAUCGAUGGGUAUGCCCGGAAUGCUCUGCCAGUUAGAGCUUUAGAACUUUUCCUGGAGAUGAAACAAGCACAAGUUAAGGUGGAUGAAGUGGCUGUUGUAGCAGCUCUUUCUCCUGCUGGAACGUUAAGAUGUGUUUGGUUUGGGAAGUGUCUUCAUGCUUUCUAUGUCGAGCCAGGGAGGGUUUCUAGGGAUGUUUACAUUGGUAGUGCUCUUGUUGAUAUGUAUGCUAAAUGUGGAUAUUGGGAUGAUGCCUUGAAAGUUUUUGAAGACAUGCCUUACAAGAAUCUUAUUUCUUGGACUGCUAUGAUUGCUGGCUCUGUACACUGCAAUAGAUUUAGGGAAGCACUCUCUGUUUUCAAAGAGAUGCUGUCCAGAAAGGUUGUGCCCAAUCAAGUAACAUUGACAAGCGUUCUCAGUGCAUCUACUAAGCUUGGGGCAUUGGAGCAGGGCAGAUGGAUUGCUAAUUAUAUAAAAGCUCACAACGUAAAAUUUAAUACAGCACUUGCCACUGCUUUGAUAGAUAUGUAUGCAAAGUGUGGGUGCAUUGAAGAGGCAUUAUUGGUUUUCGAGAAGGUUCCAAAUAAAGAUGUUUAUCUAUGGACUGCUAUGAUAAAUGGCUUGGCAACACAUGGUGAUGCUGCAAAGUCCAUGACCUUCUUCUUAGAAAUGUUGAGAAAUGGUUUAAGGCCCAAUGAAGUAACCUUCAUUGGUAUUCUCAGUGCGUGUUCUCAUGGAGGACUCGUGGAUGAAGGACGCCAGUUGUUCUCAUUAAUGGACCAAGUUUAUGGUGUAAAACCUAAUUUAGAUCAUUAUGGCUGUAUGGUCAAUCUUUUGGGUCGGGCAGGAUAUCUGGAAGAAGCUUGUAAAUUGAUUCAAGAUAUGCCAAUGAAACCUACUCCUAGCAUAUGGGGUGCUCUCUUUGGUUCUUGCAUGAUUCACAAGGCGUAUGAAUUAGGUGAAUGGAUAGGAAGAUAUCUAAUCGACAUACAGCCUUAUCACAGUGGCAGAUAUACACUCUUGGCGAAUUUGUAUUCUUCUUGUAAAAAUUGGGAAGGGGUAGCUCAUGUUAGGAAAAUGAUGAAAGAGAUGGGUGUGGAAAAGACCCGGGGGUGUAGUUGGAUCGAAUUGAACGGGGAAGUGCAUGAGUUUAUUGCCUUUGAUGGUUCACAUGCUAAGUCUGAAAAUAUUUACACCAUUUUAGAUAACCUAGUCAGUCAUCUACAACACAUUGCCAUUUCUCCAUGUGCUGAUUCAUUACUUCUUGAAAGAAGCUGA